CUCGUUCGUGUUGCUCCUACAGUCGUCUGCAGUCAUCGACGUCGCAUCUUCAGCCCGUGAGGGACGACGAGGGCACUGCUCCCCGCUCCCGACGCCUGCUGCUCACCGCCGCCGCCUCCUUUCUUCUGACGAGCUGCUUUGCUGUCCAGGCCGCGACGACGAGCUCCGACGGCCCUGUCCUCUCCUCCCGCUGAACCUAUCUGUCGGCAUACCUCUCCCUCCAAAAGCAGCGACGACGAGCUUAGACUUAAUAAUCUCUUAGCCGGGUGGCUCACCAAGGUUGCGACACUUAUAUUUGUGUUUUCGCAUCUGAUUGUUCACUCUAAGCAGAAAUCACCUUCGCUAAAUCUAUUUACACACGCCUUCAUCUGCUGGAUGAUCCUUUUUCUUCUUUUUUCGUGUCUGUGUAACAUAUAGUCUACUCCCGAGGAUCUCCGUCUUCAUUGGAUUAUCAGUCAUCCGUGUGUGCUCCACUGCGGAAGCAUUCCAAAAACCUCAGCUCACUUCUUAGCUAGGCCACGCCACACCAAGUUACCGAUCUUUUUUUCCUUUUCUAGGGUGAGAGAGAGAGGGGUCUGGAAGUAAUACGCUUCCUAGAUAUGGCACACUCAAAUGCCAGAGCAUCAGAAGUUCGGUACGAUUUGUUCUUGAGUUUUAGUGGAGAUGAUACUCGUUAUAACUUCACGGGCUUCCUCCAUCAAAGCUUGGAAAAAGCCGGGAUCCGCGUAUUCAGGGAUGAAGAUGAAAUCAAGGUGGGUGAUAAGAUUGGUGAGACAAUUCUACAAGCUAUCGAUAACUCCAAAUUCUACAUACCCAUCAUCUCUCAAACUUAUCCUGAUCGUAAAUGGUGUCUCAUCGAGCUUGAACGCAUGAUGAACAAUGUGUCUCGGUUAGAGGGUAGACAAAGGAUUUUCCCCAUCUUUUAUAAAGUGGAACCUGGGGAUGUUAAACAUCGGACUCCACAACUGAAGAAUCCUUCCUCGGAAGUUGAACUUAAGGCAUUCAAAGAGGCUCUUGCAAAGGUUGGUCAAAUCAAGGGAUGGAAGGUGGAGGAGGGACAAAGCCAAACAGAAAUUGUCGAUAAGGUUGUUCAGAAAGUUUUGGAGGUGCUGGGCAGAAAAGAAGAUAUACAGACUGAGUAUCCGACUGAGCUUGAUGACUUGACACAGUCACAUGAAGACUCUUUGAAUCGCGCAAACACGGUGCGGAGGGAUACCAUAGGGAGAGAGAGGAGUCCAAGCAGAGGAAGGAUUCGUCAAUUUGAGGGGAAUGUGAUGCAAGGAGAGAGAGCCGAGUGUGGGCAGAGAAAGGGAGGAGGACAGGAAGUACAUGAAGUAUGUGGAGGAGGAGCAGAUGACGAGUGUAGCAAGAGAAAGGGAGGAUGAUGGAAAGCACAUGAAGUACAUGAUGGAGGAGGACGAGUGUAGGUUAGACGAGAGGGACGAGAGGGACGAGUGUAGGAAGAGAAAGGGAGGAUAAUAGGAAGCACAUGAAGUACAUGCUAGAGGAGCGGAUGAGGAGAG